CACAAUGAACCAGCAGCUGCCCGUGUUGGUUUGAUGUGAGGAGGUGGAGGGGGGGGUGAGCUGAGCUGGAGGCUUGUUCAGCCAUGUUAGUUUUCUCUGGUGUUCACAAACGAUGAGAGAGAGGAGCCAUGGCCUUGUCAUUGAGCGGAGACGAUGAGGAAUAUGAUUCAGAGUCUGAGCAGCAGCGAGCAGCGGCCAACCGGCCGAAGCCCAAGAUGGGGACGUCGUCGGCCGUUAAGCUGCCGUCCAGCCGCAGCUCGUCCGGAGCCCGACGCAGGAGGACGCGCUGCCGAAAGUGCGAGGCGUGCCUCCGGACCGAGUGCGGAGAGUGUCACUUCUGCAAGGACAUGAAGAAGUUUGGAGGGCCGGGACGCAUGAAGCAGUCCUGCAUCAUGAGACAGUGCAUUGCGCCGGUUCUGCCCCACACGGCGGUGUGUGUGGUGUGUAAAGAGGCAGGGAAAGAGGACACACUGGAGGAAGACGAGGACAAGUUCAACUUCAUGCUGAUGGAGUGCUCCAUCUGCAACGAGAUCGUCCACCCCAACUGUCUCAAGGUGAGCGAUGCCUCCGGAGUCGUGAACGACGAGCUCCCUAACUGCUGGGAAUGCCCCAAAUGCAACCACGCUGGGAAAAGUGGAAAAGUAUUGAAGCAAAAAAGGGGUCCAGGCUUCAAGUACGCCUCCAACCUCCCUGGCUCUCUGCUGAGGGAACAGAAGCCUGUGAAGGAGGAGGGGGACACUUCCUCUGCAGCCAAGAGGAGACCAGACAGAGAGGAGACGCCCAGAUACAGACCUGAGGAGUCUGUGCACCGACAGCCACCGCUGCUCUCCCCCUGCAACCUGCCCCGGCCCAGGCCUGAGGACAAACUGAGGAAGAAGAGGAAGCUGUUUGAUGAUGAUGAGGAAGAGGAUCUUGGCGUGAGGAAGAAGGAAAAGUCAGACGAUCCAUACUUUACCAAACUCGUGCACCAGAUCAAGAAAGAGGAAGAGGACGAAGACGCAUAUGAGGAGGAGAACGAAGAAAGAAGGGAGCCUCACUUCCGGAGUGCUGUAGAGAGGAAAGGCCGUUUUGGAGAUGCUGAAGAAGAAGGGGAUGACAAGGACUCCAAGAAUGAACUUUUGAAUUCCUUCAAUAAAACUCCUGUUGGAGACAGCGACCAGUCUCACUGCAGCUCUCCGCAGGCCGGCCCCAGCAGCGAGGGCGGAAGUGAGACGCAGGAGAAAGGUCCACGUCCGAAAGCUCGCCGUAAGCGGCGUUUACCUAACAGAGAGCUGAGUCGAGAGCUGAGCAAAGCACUGAACCAGGAAAUCCAGAAGACGGAGGACAGCCUGGCCACAGAGAACCGCCAACCCCUCAAGGUGGAGCCGGAGACUGAAAACGAGGAGCCCAAGAGGUUGUUCCGGAACGGCAGUGAACUCGGGGAUCAGAGGGCCCACCUCAAGACCAAAGAAAUGAACGGGACCCCCUGGGAGCUGCGCCACUUCUACCCGAGUCAGAUCACUCCGCUGGGCUUCAACAGGAGCACCCCAACCAACCGGCCGGUGCCCCCACACUCCCCGCCCAAGUGUGUCCAAAUGGAGCGGCACGUCAUCCGGCCCCCUCCCAUAAGCCCGCCCCCUGACAGACUGCCUCUACACGAUGGUAAAACACACAUCAUACAGCGCGAAGUGUGGAUGAGGAUCUUCAGCCAUCUCACACACAAAGAGCUGUGUGUCUGUAUGAGAGUCUGCAAGACGUGGAACAGAUGGUGCUGUGAUAAGAGACUUUGGACUGUGAUUGAUCUGAACCGCUGCACCUCCAUCACCCCACUCAUGCUGAGCGGGAUCGUCCGCCGACAGCCGCUUUCCCUGGACCUUAGUUGGACCAACAUUUCCAAGAAACAGUUAAGCUGGCUUAUCAAUCGAUUGCCAGGUCUACGAGUGUUAAAGUUAUCAGGGUGUUCCUGGGCUGCUGUAUCUGCACUCUGCACCUCCAGCUGCCCUCUGCUGCGCACUCUGGAUGUCCAAUGGGUGGAGGGACUCAAAGACCCACAGAUGAGGGACCUCCUCUCUCCCCCCACAGACAACAGACCAGGACAACUGGACAACCGCUGCAAGUUGCGGAACGUGGAGGACCUGCGGCUGGCGGGGCUGGACAUCACUGACACGUCUUUACGUCUCAUCAGCCGGCAGAUGCCUUUGCUGUCCAAUCUGGACCUGAGCUACUGCAACCAUAUCAACGACCAGUCGGUCAACCUGCUGACAGCAGCAGGGACCACGACCAGAGACUCCCUCACAGAAAUCAACCUGUCAGUCUGUAACCGGGUCACAGAUCAUUCCCUAAACUUCUUCAAGCGCUGUGGAAGCAUCUGUCAGAUCGACCUUCGCUUCUGCAAGCAGGUGACCAAGACGGCCUGCGAGAGGUUCAUCGCCGAGAUGUCCGUGAGCGUACCGUUCAGUCUGAAAGAGGACAAACUGCUGCAGAAGUCAAGCUAGUUCCUAACAGGACAGAAAUCACAAAAGACUCUCUUUGCACUUAAUGGAACAGUUCUUUCUUUUCUUUUCGAAGCGGUCCUGUGAUGAGUCCCCGAACCAGCGUCGCGGUAAACAAACUGAAAGGAUUUCUGGACAGAGACUUUAGACGGACUGAAGAGGUGAUCAGCAUUCACUGGACAGAUAAAGAGGAAACAGCAUGCAUGCUAUUUGUGUUGAGAUUGUACUUUUUAUAAAGAUAUGCUUCUGAUUGGCUGUCGGGUUGUUUAUUUUUAUUCUUUAAAUAUCUGAAAAACACAGUAUUUUUAUACAAGUAUCAUUUCAUGAGUUUACAGCGUCUCAGGAGCUAAAUAUCGCAGAGAGUGUGAACUUUAUUCAUCCUCCUCUGUGUGCCAAACUCUGUAUUUGACAUUAACAUAACUUCAGUAUCAGACAGAAAGAUAACAUGUACAGUAAUAAAUAUCUGACUAUAUUAUCAUAAAUACUUAAGAAUGUAUUUCAGGAUAAGAUUUCAGUGAUAAAACAGAGUAUUUCAGAUUCCUGUUACACCUUCAUGGCCUCAUUCACCGUAAUACUUUUAUGAACUGUUGAGUGUUGUUUCACAGGGUUUUACCAACAUUUCAACAUUAACUUAUUGACUUUUUUAAAAUUUUACUACAGUUUGUAUUUAUUCCUGUAUUCAGUAACUUGACAUGGAUGUCUCAGAGCUGGGUCAAAUAAUUUAUCAUGGGUGGUUUGAGCCUGAUGCAGCAUCCAGUUGGUGGGGGGUUUAACACACAGACGCCAGCAGCAGGAAGCUGGCGGCCAGCUUGUCUGACGUUGUCUUUCUAUGAUGCAGUCAACCCGACACAUCUGGUUCUCCAUACAGGUUUAAAUAAACAACAAAGUGAAAGACUUUUGCAAAAAAAAAAACAAAAAAACAACAACAACAAAAAAACCAAACCUCAUUUGCUUGUGUUUAAAUAAUGACUCCAUACGGUCGGUGUUGUGUGUACUUUGGAGUGUGUUGUGCAGUAACCUAUCACCUCAGGUGAACGUGAUAACGUUAUAUAUUUGUAAACCCACAAACGAAGUGCUAAUACCAGUAUGCAUUAAAAGAAAUUCAUUUGUACCA